CUCCCUUCUCACCCUCUUUCUUGCUUGCAUCUCUCGCUAAGAUUCGUGUGUGAGAGGGGCUUGAGCUUUGUUGUAUUGUUGGAGAAGAAAACCUAAGUAGCUGCCAUGGCUAUUUCUUCCGCUGCUACGGCAGCCCCAGCUUCAUCGAGGCUUCUCUUCACAUCUUCCUCCUCCACCACUUCUUCUUCUCCUUCUUCAUCCAAUUCUACUUGUACGGCUAGCUUUCUUCCUGUCUCUAAUGGGAGAGCCCGCACGAACAACAAAACCCUUGCCAGUAAAGCAGCACCUCUCCUCUCCUCCUCCUUCACCAACCCCUCCAGCAUCUUCUGGUUGACUUCCACCUCCCCCACCACAGCCAUCGAGACCAGGAGGACCCACCGCUCCCUCACUGUCCGCGCCGCUAGGGGAAAGUUCGAGCGCAAGAAACCCCACAUUAAUAUCGGCACCAUAGGGCACGUCGACCACGGCAAGACCACUCUUACCGCCGCCCUCACUAUGGCCUUGGCCUCCGUCGGUAACAGCGCCCCCAAGAAGUACGACGAGAUCGAUGCAGCCCCUGAGGAGCGUGCCAGAGGAAUCACCAUCAACACCGCCCAUGUCGAGUACGAGACUGAGAAUCGCCACUACGCCCACGUUGACUGCCCUGGACACGCUGAUUAUGUCAAGAACAUGAUCACCGGUGCCGCUCAAAUGGACGGUGCCAUCCUUGUCGUCUCCGGUGCCGAUGGCCCUAUGCCCCAGACUAAGGAGCACAUCCUUCUUGCCAAGCAGGUCGGCGUCCCCAAUAUGGUUGUCUUUCUCAACAAGCAGGACCAGGUCGACGAUGAGGAGCUCCUCCAGCUCGUUGAAUUGGAGGUCCGUGAGCUACUCUCCUCUUAUGAGUUCCCCGGUGAUGAUGUCCCCAUUAUCUCAGGUUCGGCGCUCCUAGCCCUAGAAGCCCUCAUGGCGAAUCCUGCCCUCAAGAGAGGGGAUAACGAGUGGGUCGACAAAAUCUAUGAGCUCAUGGAUUCCGUAGACAGCUACAUUCCCAUCCCCCAGCGCCAGACUGAACUCCCCUUCCUCCUUGCCGUCGAAGAUGUCUUCUCCAUCACUGGCCGUGGGACUGUAGCUACGGGUCGUAUUGAGAGAGGCACCGUCAAGGUCGGAGAAACCGUUGAGCUUGUAGGCGUUAAGAACACCCGCUCCACCACUGUCACUGCUCUCGAGAUGUUUCAGAAGACCCUUGACGAGGCCUUUGCCGGCGAAAAUGUUGGUCUCCUCCUCCGUGGUAUCCAAAAGGAUGAGAUACAGAGAGGUAUGGUUCUUUCCAAGCCAGGCAGUAUCACCCCACACACCAAGUUCCUUUCCAUAGUCUACGUGCUUAAAAAGGAGGAAGGUGGCAGACACUCCCCUUUCUUUGCCGGUUACAAACCUCAGUUCUACAUGAGGACUACCGACGUCACUGGCAAGAUUGCCUCCAUCAUGAAUGAUAAAGACGAGGAGUCCAAGAUGGUCAUGCCAGGAGAUCGUGUUAAGAUGGUUGUUGAGCUAAUUGUUCCUGUGGCCUGUGAGCAAGGUAUGAGGUUCGCCAUUAGAGAAGGUGGCAGGACUGUUGGAGCAGGUGUCAUCCAGUCAAUAAUCGAAUGAUGCCUUUCUGUGGCAGCAAAGGAUCUCACUUUUGAAUGCUUUGGGGCUUGAGGUAUAAACCUUAUGCAGUGAGUCUACCCAGUGCUUCUUCAUUCCUGAAUUCAGUGUUAUAUAGUUUUCGGUUUUGUUGUUUUUAGUUCAGUUAGAUCAAGAGACUAGUUAUGUUCCUCUGUAAUUUUCCUUCCCUGUUGCUGCUAUUGUUGAUAGGUAAGCUCAAACUUUUUGCUAAA